AUGAGUAGCAAUAAACUCAGAAAUUACUCUUGGGACGACGACCACGGUCCCCCGACUGAAGAAAACAAGGUAGCCGUGAAGAACGCGUUUAGUCACUUGGAGGAAGACUUGGCGAAGGACGGACCCUUUGACGGUGUUUUGGGCUUCUCGCAAGGCGCAUCAUGCACGUCGGCUUUUCUGCUACAGCUAGCAAGGGCGGGAGCCGCCACGGUUCCUUUCCGAUUCGCGAUUCUGUUUUCGACCUCGGGCAUACCGGAAUGGGACGUUGAGGACCAAGAGUCUGUCAAGAUUAAAAUCCCUACACUUCAUGUCUGUGGCGAGGCCGACUCCGAGUGGUUUGAAGACGCGAAGGCCGUGACGACACGGUGCGCGGACGGCACUGCGGAGCUCAUUACGCACACGGGCGGGCAUGUCGUGCCGAAGGAUCGGCCAACGGUAGACAAGGUUAUCCAGGGGAUUAGACGACUCGUUGAACGCUCCCGAUGA